CGGGUCAGGGCUAAACCGAAGCAACGGCUGAGGCGGAAGCGGCGGCUGGUGGGGCGGGGAAGGAGCUGGCCCCGGAAGGAGGAGGAAACCCUGAAAAGAAAACAGCAGCAAGCUGAGCUGCUGUGAUAGAGGGGAACAAAAUGGCGGCGCCGAAGGGGAGCCUCUGGGUCAGGGCCCAACUGAGGCUCCCGCCGCUGCUGCUGCUGCUGCAGACCGUGGCCCUGGCCGGAGGUUCGGGGACCGCUUCGGCCGAAGCGUUUGACUCGGUCUUGGGCGAUACGGCGUCCUGCCACCGGGCCUGUCAGUUGACCUACCCCUUGCACACCUACCCCAAGGUGCCUGCCAGUUUGUACACAGUGGAUCACACAGAAGAAGAAUUGUAUGCAUGUCAGAGAGGUUGCAGGCUCUUUUCAAUUUGUCAGUUUGUGGAUGAUGGAAUUGAUUUAAAUCGGACCAAACUGGAAUGUGAAUCUGCAUGUACAGAAGCAUAUUCCCAAUCUGAUGAGCAGUAUGCUUGCCAUCUCGGUUGCCAGAAUCAGCUGCCGUUUGCUGAAUUGAGACAAGAACAACUCAUGUCCCUGAUGCCAAAAAUGCAUCUACUCUUCCCUCUAACUCUGGUGAGAUCGUUCUGGAGUGACAUGAUGGACUCUGCACAGAGCUUCAUAACCUCUUCGUGGACUUUUUAUCUUCAAGCUGAUAAUGGAAAAAUAGUUAUAUUCCAGUCUAAGCCAGAAAUUCAGUAUGCACCACAGUUGGAUCAGGAGCCUACAAAUUUGAGAGAAUCAUCUUUAAGCAAAAUGUCCUCAGAUCUGCAAAUGAGUUCACAAGCACACAGGAACUAUAUUGAAGAUGGAGAAAGCGAUGGCUUUUUAAGAUGCUUCUCUCUUAACUCUGGGUGGAUUUUAACUACAACUCUUAUCCUCUCGGUGAUGGUAUUGCUCUGGAUUUGUUGUGCUACUGUUGCUACAGCUGUGGAGCAGUAUGUUCCCUCUGAGAAGCUGAGUAUCUAUGGUGACUUGGAAUUUGUGAAUGAACAAAAGCUAAACAGAUAUCCAACUUCUUCUCUUGUGGUUGUUAGAUCUAAAACUGAAGCUUAUGAAGAAGCAGGGCCUCUGCCUACAAAAGUGAAUCUUGCUCAUUCAGAAAUUUAAGCGAAAAAUGUAAUAGACAUCUAAAUUUUCAUUCCUCAUAGAGCUUUUAAAAAUGAUUUCAUUGGAUAUAGGCCUUAAGAAAUCACUAUAAAAUGCAAAUAAAGUUACCCAAAUCUGUGAAGACUGUAUUUGCUGUAACUUUACCUGUAUUUUUUUUUUUCUAGUAAUUUAAGAGAUGGAUGUUUGGGAUCACAUUUUUAUUUUACUAAUAUCUGUAGUAACUUUAAUUGUUAUUUGUAUUGGCUUUUUUGGUUUUUACCUUUCUUAGGCAAAUUCUAUGAGCUGAUCAUUUUUUUUGCCCACCUCCUAACAUGGUAAUGUCAGUUACCUUAGUUAAUAAGCUGAAUACUUAGUAGGAUAUGAUGCUUCUGCUCAGAAAUGGUCCACUAAUGUAAUUUGAAAUUUAGCAGGAAAUGGCCUUUAAUGACACUACAUUUUCAGUUGUAUUGAACUGAAAUCAUUAAAAUUUUAUUUGAAUAAUUG